AUGAAGUUGAUUCAAGAAAAUAGGCCACCUUCUCUGUGCAUCUUCUUCUACGAGUACAAAUCUUCUACGGUGUGCUGCCUUGUCCUGCUUAUGCUGCACAGAUAUAGGGCUACGUGCAAUGACCGCCUUACCCUCACUCGGGCAAGGCUCUCGGACAAGGAUAAAGCGGUUAAUGCAUACCGCCUUGUGUCUGCACAGCACGGCAGGACGGGCAGCCCACACCCGUACAAGAUCUGGAUCGUCCCUUCCAUCACAGUGGCUGGCUUCUUAUUCUAUGUGUCUUUCUUUUCAAUGGCGCAUGUAGAGUUCAAAGGCCUGGCUGAGAAGUACUUGAAAGGCGAUGAAGAGUUAUGGGAUUCCAUCUGGGAUGCCAUGGAUGAUAAUUUGUUUCCUCAUAAGUACUCCUUUGACAAGUGGGAAAAGAUGUAUGAGGAGGUCUUGGACCAUAGGCAUCGCUUCAACUUAAAGAAAAUGGACCAGAAGUAUCACCAAUUCAGAUCAACACAGGAAACCGAGCUCUGGGGACUCAAAGAGGGAGUCCAAAAGGCACUUUCACUGGGCUGUAUGAAGCUAGAUAUUUGGAUGGAUUGUGAGGAUAUGAAGAAUUGGAUCACAAGUCAGGAAAUCCAUCCUUGGCCGUGGGAACUAUAUCAUAUUUUGUUAGACAUUAGUACUAUGUUGGAAUCUUUUGAGUCUGUAAAUAUUAUUAAGCAAUCUAGAACUUUGAUACAGCCAUCACACAACCUGGCAAAACAUGCUAGGAUAUCGCUACUUUUAUCUGAUGAUAGGAACCAAGUACCUGAUGGAUUUUCCACAGCUUUGCAGUCAGCUGCAGAGAUGAAUAAAUUGAUUGUCGGAGCUGGAGUAGGUAAGCUAUCUGAUGAAAAUUCUCUGAAAAUUUCAGCUUCAGCAGUUGUGAGUACUUUAGCUAUUGUUGCCAUAGUAUAUGCCAUCAUCAAUUGCUUGAACAAGGCCGGUAAUUAUGGAGGACCAGCAUACGCCCGCCUCGAAAUGGGUCACGGAGACUCAAUUCCUUCACCAUCCACCUCCAAAUUAGUCUCAAAGGUAACCACCACCAAUGAAGCUUUCAAUAUAAUUCUGAAUUCACAAGUAGAAACAGCCACUGUGGAGAGGUUUCUAAAUGAUAUGGCAAAGGAAAAACCCAUCAGAUUUUUACCCUCACAGUUGGCUGAUUACACUAAAGAUUACUCCACCAUAUUGGGUUCGGGUGGAUUCGGUGUAGUCUACAGAGGAGAACUCCCAAAUGGAGUUCCACUGGCCAUUAAAGUCCUCACAGGGAAUUUAAGCAAGCUAGUUGAAGAACAGUUCAUGGCAGAAAUAAGCACAAUUGGAAGAACAUACCAUGUGAAUUUGGUCAGACUCUAUGGAUUUUGCUUCAAUCCGACGAUGCAAGCACUUGUGUACGAGCACAUGGAGAAUGGUUCCCUUGACAGUUUCUUGUUUGGGGAGAACAGGGGGACAAUGAAGUGGGAGAAGCUACAAGAGAUUGCAAUUGGGACAGCAAAAGGGAUUGCCUACUUGCAUGAGGAAUGUCAACAGAGAAUAAUUCACUAUGAUAUAAAGGCAGGUAAUGUUCUUCUUGAUUCAAAGCAAUGCCCUAAAGUUGCAGAUUUUGGAUUGGCUAAGCUUUGUAAUAGGGAUAGUACUCAUGUAACCAUAGCAGGUUUUAGAGGGACACCAGGGUAUGCUGCACCUGAGGUCUGGAGGGCACUCGCAGUGACCCAUAAAUGUGAUGUAUAUAGCUUUGGUAUGCUUUUAUUUGAGAUUGUAGGUAGGAGAAGAAAUCUCAACCCUAAUGUAAGUGAGUCUGAGGAAUGGCUCCCAAGAUGGACUUGGGAAAAGUAUGAGAAAGGGGAGCUAAUAGACCUAAUGGAACUUUUAGGGAUUGAAGAAGAAGAUAAAAGAAAAGCAGAGAGAAUUUGUUUGGUAGCCUUGUGGUGUGUUCAACACUCACCUGAGGCAAGACCUCUUAUGAGCACUGUGGUGAAGAUGUUAGAGGGAGGGGUUGAAAUUGUUCCCCCUCCAAACCCAUUUCAGUAUCUGGUUUCUGUUCAUGUGGAUCCAGCCGUCCUAUCAACAGGAAGCAAUGGAGACUUGAAUACUCCAUCAUCAAGUGAGCCAACCAUCCCAUCAAUUGGAAGCAAUGAAGACUUGAAUUCUCCAUCAAGUGAGCCAGCAGAGAAAUCGUCUACUACAUCUUAUCAUACCCCAAUUAAGGGGACCAUGGAGAUAGAUCUGGCUAAGUAG